GUCUGAACAUCAGCUUAGACACCCUGCAGUCCCAACGCUACAACCAGAUCACGAGGAGGAAAGGCUGGGAGCGUGUCAUGGCUGGCAUGGAUCUAGCCUUGCAACUUGAAUACGACCCUGUGAAGGUGGCACUGAAGUUGAUGGCUGUAGUGAUGUCGUGAAGGCACAAAGUUGGAAGUUGUUAAACCUUCAGAAACAAGAUUUUCGAAAGUACUUCUUCUCAGAUACCAAUAUUUCGCCCCUGUUUGUGUCGGAUACACAGAUGUCUCAGUUGUUGUCACAUAAUUUGAGUGUAGUGACUGAAUCUAGAAAACUGUUUCUUUUGCUUCCCUGUACCCGAAGCAUUAUGUGCAAUGCAGGACUCCUAACAAGACAAACACACAGAGCACAGCCCUCUGUCUUCUCUUGCCGUUUCUGCAGUUUGGGAGCACAGUCCGGAAGUCUGACUCAUGUUGACCGGACCGGCAGGGUGAAAAUGGUCGACGUGGGUUCGAAGCUGGUGACAGAACGUACUGCUACAGCACGAGCAAAGGUUUUUGUGGGACCCGAACUGAUGAAACUCGUACGAGAAAAUGGCCUGAAGAAAGGUGACAUACUUAGCGUUGCUCGCCUGGCGGGAAUUGUGGGGGCCAAGCAGACGUCCAGCCUUAUCUCUCUGUGUCAUAACAUAUCUGUAUCCUCUGUGGCUGUGGACAUUGAACUGGACUCUGCUCUCAACUGUGUGAUUAUAACUGGCAUGGCAAAGUGUAGAGGGCAGACGGGCGUGGAGAUGGAAGCUCUCACUGCUGUAUCGGUGUCUGCCUUAACAGUGUACGAUAUGUGCAAAGCUGUGAGUCAUGACAUUGUGAUAUCUGAAAUAAUGCUUCUGGCCAAAAGUGGGGGAACUAGAGGAGACUUCCACCGGACAUGAGCAUCUGUGUGGG